UAAUGGUACGUGUACACUGUAGAGAAAAUCUACCUAGAUUUUAGAUUUAGAUACGUUCUCUAGGUGAGACUUGUAUAUGUUCUGUGUACACUAUAACAUAUUUUGGCCCUCGCUAGACCUUUGUAGAUAUUUCCUAGAUUAAAUCUAUACCAAUUUCUCUAUGUGGUGUGUACAUAUCAUGGUAGAUUUGAUCUCGUAAAAACGUAUAGGCAUUACCUAUUGCACCGUAGUUUGUUGGAAGUAGUUUGAAAUUUCGCGAAUUAAGAAAAUUGCAGCUGCCUCUGUUAUUUUAAUAACGCAGAAGAGAAAAAAUGUUGAGCUAAAAAACAAGAAGAGAAGGAUGUGGGUUAGGAGCUGGAUUUCAAGAAGACAGGAUAGUGGUUUUUUUGCUCAAUUGGUGAAAAAAUUACACAGCGAAGACAUGAAUUCAUACGCUAACUUUUUACGCAUGAGUAAUAAGGACUAUGAAUACUUGCUUCAAAAAGUUGAACCAUUGAUUAGAAAACAAGAUACUCAUCUUAGGCUAGCUAUUUCACCUUCAGAACAGCUCAUGCUUACUUUACGGUUUUUAGCAACAGGUGAGUAUUGACAUGACAUGAGUUUGUUUUCUAGGAUGUAUUUAACUUAAAAAGCAAACAAAAACAACUUCUAAUUAAAUCAUUUUUAAUUGUAGGAGAUAUCUAUCAUUCCCUGCAAUACCUUUUUCGGAUUCCAGUCACGACCAUUUUAAGGAUUAUACCUGAAGUUUGUGAAGCGAUAUUUACUGUGCUAAAAACGGAUUAUCUCCAGAUCCCAAACUCUCAGGAAGAAUGGUAUGAAGUUGCAAAGGGAUUUGAGGAGAUUUGGAAUUUUCCAAACUGUUUAGGUGCUCUAGAUGGCAAGCACGUGGUUAUGAAAGCACCAAGGAAUAAAGGCAGUCUUUAUUUUAAUUAUAAAGGAACACAUUGCAUAGUCCUCAUGGCACUAGUUGAUACAAAAUACAAAUUUCUUUAUGUGGAUGUCGGAUGCAAUGGACGCAUAUCUGAUGGUGGCGUGUAUGCAAACUGUUCAUUGUCAAGAGCAUUAGAAAACAACAUGUUAAACAUGCCAAAACCAAGGCCAUUAUCGGGUGAAUCUGAAGAUGCACCUUUUGUUGUUAUUGCCGAUGAUGCUUUUGCCUUGACUUCCUAUUUAUUAAAACCUUUUCCUUUCAAAAACCAACCCGGAUUUAAUCGUGUUUUUAACUACAGAAUAUCAAGAGCAAGGCGUGUAGUUGAAAAUGCUUUCGGACUGAUCUCGGCUCGAUUUCGUGUUCUUAGACGACCAAUAGACCUACCUCCAGAGAAGGUUAAGAAAAUUGUACUUGCAAUAUGCUCUUUGCAUAAUUUCUUACUGACCCAAAAAAGUUUGGCACAUUUAUAUGCCCCAAAUGGAAUAUUUGAUACUGAAAAUGAUGGGAACGUUAUCAAUGGGAGUUGGAGAAAUGGAGGAAAUCCUAUAGCUAAUAUGGUUCCUUUACAGACUACAAAUGUUAGAAACCCAUCGAAAACAGCCAAAGAAGUACGAGAACAAUUUAAAAAUUAUUGUGUAUCCAAACAUGGUGAAGUCGCCUGGCAGUAUAAAUAUAUAUAAACAUAAUACCAUUUUAUCUGCUUAAUGUAAUAUAUGUUUCUAAUGCUG